AUGCAUUCGACUAUUUCUCAUAGUGAAAAAUUGUAUAGUGCGGGUGAUGUUAUUAAUUUAGAAGAUUUUCUUAAUUCACCAUCACAUAAUAACAAUAUCUAUUCGACAAUCUCUUAUAGUAAAACACCAUAUUAUGCUGGUGAUGUUAUUGAUUUGCAAGAAGAUGUUCUUAACUCACCUGACUUGAUCGAAAUCGUUAAUACAGGUGAAUCAUCACCAACAACUGUGGAAAAUCUUGAUUCAGCAUCAAAUGAUAAUCAUGUGUAUUCAAAAAUUUAUCGUAGUAAUAAAGCAUCUAAUACUAGUGAUGUUCUUGAUUUUCAACAACAUUCUCUUAAAUCAUCUGUCUUUAUUGAUCGAAAUUUUUCACCACAAAUUGAAUCAUCAUCAAUUAAAUCACAUCAACACUAA